AUGGCGCUGUUAGGCGGGGUGCUCUGCGCUUGGGGCCGCGAUCCUCAGCGGUUUUUCAGUUAUGGAACAAAAAUAUUAUAUCAAAACAAUGAAGAUUUUCAGCCUAAAUUCUUUCCACCCUUACAAAAAGUGAUGCUACCACCAAAUAGUUUUCAAGGAAAAGUAGCAUUCAUUACUGGAGGAGGUACUGGCCUUGGUAAAGGAAUGACAACUUAUCUGUCCAGCCUAGGUGCACAGUGUGUGAUAGCCAGCCGGAAAAUUGAUGUUUUGAAAGCAACUGCAGAACAAAUUUCUUCUCAAACUGGAAAUAAGGUUCAUGCAAUUCAGUGUGAUGUGAGGGAUCCUGGCAUGGUGCAAAGCACUGUGUCAGAACUGAUCAAAGUCGUAGGACAUCCUGAUAUUGUGAUAAACAAUGCAGCAGGGAAUUUUAUUUCUCCCACCGAAAGACUCUCUGCUAAUGCUUGGAAGACCAUAACUGACAUAGUUCUAAAUGGCACAGCUUUUGUGACACUAGAAAUCAGAAAGCAACUAAUCAAAGCACAGAAAGGAGCAUCCUUUCUUGCUAUUACAACCAUCUAUGCUGAGACUGGGUCAGGUUUUGUAGUACCAAGUGCUUCUGCUAAAGCAGGAGUGGAGGCCAUGAACAAAUCUCUUGCAGCUGAAUGGGGUAAAUAUGGAAUGAGAUUCAAUGUGAUUCAACCAGGGCCUAUAAAAACCAAAGGUGCCUUCAGCCGUCUUGACCCAACUGGAGCAUUUGAGAAAGACAUGAUUGACAGAAUUCCCUGUGGUCGGCUAGGAACUGUGGAAGAACUUGCAAAUCUUGCUGCUUUCCUUUGUAGUGAUUAUGCUUCUUGGAUUAAUGGAGCUGUAAUUAGAUUUGAUGGCGGAGAGGAAGUACUUAUUUCAGGGGAAUUCAACAGUCUGAGGAGGGUCACCAAGGAGCAGUGGGACACAACAGAAGAACUCAUCAGGAAGACAAAAUGAAAGUAGAGGAUUUAUAGUAACUCUAAUGGACUCUGUCAUUGCAGUGUAUUUCCUUUUCAUUGGACUUAUGAAUUGUCUUCUUUAGAUAGCUCAGUGUUAAUUUAAACAAGUUUUUGCCAGGACCUAUUUUGUAGCCAGAUGUUUUAUUUGGUACUGAGAAUAAAAAGAAAACAUGAAUAAUCUACAGCCUUUGCUCUCUUAAAACUCAUUAUCUAGCAGGAUAGAUAGACCUGUAAAUAAUUAUUUAUGAUUCAUUGUGAUAAAUA